CUAGUAAUGCAUCACCGAGCCUCGAUUUUUUUUCCUUUAGGUGAAUCGUAAAAAAAGAAUAUGUGUAUUCUGGAGAUUCUCUGAAGAAAACUUUUGGAGCUGGUCAAGUAAAGGAUGUCAAACAAAGAUGAUAUCCGAUCACCAUACGGAAUGCGUUUGCAAUCAUCUCACUCACUUCGCUGUACUCAUGGAUUUCAUCGACGAUGCUGAUGACAGGAAGUUUUUCAAUCAGGAUAAAACUCGUUCGUCAGAUGAGCAUGACAAAAUUCUGACACUCCUCACUCGAGUAGGGAUGGCCUUAUCUCUUACUGGAGUUAUACUCACGGUUAUCAGCUAUCUUCAGCUUACAGACAGAAAUUCAGCUUUGUGUCACAUACGGGUUAGUCUGACUUCCUGCAUUGGAGCAGGACAUAUCAUCUUUUACGCUGGAAUUGACUCCACGGGAAACCAGGCUGCCUGUGUAGCUGUGGCAGCUCUUAUGCAGUAUUUCCUGAUGGCCAGUUUUUGCUGGAUGCUUGUCGAGGGGAUUUAUAUCUAUUUAUUUGUUGUAAAGGUUUACAACAUUACCGACAAAAAGUAUCGCUAUCAUGGCUUUUGCUGGGGACUGCCUUCAAUCAUAGUUGUUGUAUGUCUGGGUAUCGCUACAGGAAAUGAUGGAAUCGAAACUUUUGUUAAUGAUGAAAGCUGCUGGAUGUCUUCCUCUAACAAUAUCAUCUGGAUAUUUGUUUCCUUUGUUGGAUUGAUCGCAAUUAUUAACGUGAUGAUCCUCGUGCGAGUUAUCAAGGAAGUGACAACAAUCCAACUGGUGAAAGAUAGCCAGACUGAGCAGAUCAGGCUUGGUGUCCGUGCAUGCGUGGUGUUAGCUCCAUUGCUGGGUGUCACGUGGCUGAUUGGCUUCCUCGCGCCGUUACACAUCGCCUUCUCCUACAUUUUUGUAAUCCUUAAUUCCACUCAGGGAUUGUUCAUUUUCUUCUUUCACUGCUUGGGAAAUAGUGAGAUAAGGGGGCGUUUCAAAAGAAGAGUCCAAAAACUCCUCCCAGAUGCAUUUAAUCAAAGGCCAGGUGACAAUAGAGGAAACUCUCAAGCCCGUCAGAGUCACAAUGAUACCGGGAUUCCUGCGCAGGAUCGAGAGUAAUCAGUGGACCUUGAACUUUUCUCUUGCCUAUAAAAUGGGAAAAUACUAUAUGAAUUAGUAAAUAGCUUCACUUAUGUUGCUUAGG